AUGGAACCCCUAUGUGAAUUUUGUGGGGUUGUAAGAGCUGUGGUGUAUUGCAAGUCGGAUUCUGCGCGCCUAUGCCUGAACUGUGAUGCGUCUGUGCACUCUUCCAAUCCCCUGUCAAGCCGGCACGCGCGCUCUCUCCUCUGUGAUCUCUGCUAUUGCCAUGCAGCUGUUGUUUGUUGUGUAGAUCAUAACAUGUGUGUGUGUGAAGCCUGCGAAUGGAACCAGAAUGAGUGCUUAUUGAAGGGACACGGCCGCCUGCUGUUGAAGUUCUAUACCGGUUGUCCCUCUUUCGAGGACUUGUCUAGGCUUUGGUCCUUUGUGUUUGAUGCUAACUCCUCAUGUGGUGGUGGUUUGGAACCAAUUAGUACAGUGUGUGUGGAAAAACCUGAUAAUGAUGAUGGUUUAUUUGAUUUGGUGAGUGACAAGUUGAAUGAGAUACAACCGUGCUUCAAAUUCAAGCCUUGGACGGAUCUGUCUCCCAUGAUUCCAUCAAAUCAAGAUACCAUGCAAUUCUGCAAAGAUCAAGCACUUUUUUUCCCUCCAGAAUCAAACCAGCCAAAGGCAUCAUCAUCAGUCCAACAAGAUUUUGUAACCUUUCAAUCUCCGAGCAUGACGCCGACCUUCCACAGUAAUGUGAAUUGUGCUCUUGUGAGUCCUAUUUACAACAGAGACAUGAAACUUGGAUUCCCUCAGGGUCAAGUUCAUUCCAGCAUAUCGAUGGAAUUAUCCAACAUUGCUGGAGACAGUAGUGCUACUGAUCUAGCUUGUGAGUUGUCCAAUGAGAUACAAUGCCCACAGAGAAGGGCCAAAGCUAAAAUGAGAUACAAUCAGAAAAAGAAAACCCAAAUGUUUGGCAAACAAAUAAGAUAUGCAUCUAAGAAAGCGAGGGCCGAGGCAAGAAAACGAGUGAAAGGUAGAUUUGUUAAGACAGGAGAAGAAUAUGAUUAUGACCCUCUGCUGCAGAAUAAACCUGAAUAA